AUGAUGACCAGGUGGGCUCCGCUGGUGCUGAUGGUCCUGAUGUUGGGCAGAGUCAUGGUUGUUUCAGUGACCCCUAUCCCAGCCUUCCAGAUUCUUCCUCAGAACUAUUCCCAGACCACUCCUUUCUCUGUGUCCUUGAAGAGCCCCUCAGCUACUGCCACAAGUCCCUCAGCUGCCUGGAGCUACUCAAGCCCUGUACCCCGCCUUGGACCACGUAUCGCCCUCUCACUGGAUGUCCCCAUUGGCCUCCUACAGAUUUUACUGGAGCAGGCCCGGGCCAGGGCUUCCAGGGAGCAGGCUGCAACCAAUGCUCGCAUCCUGGCUCACAUUGGCCGCCGCUAA